CUUAAAAAAGGUUGAUAUUUCUUAGUGCUUUCCUAGAAAGCACUAUAAUCGUCGACCAAACGAAGUUCCUUUAAAUUUGGUUGAUUUUAGGUCUCACAUUUAGUAGUAAACUUGUUCUAUAAAGUAGAAAGAAAUACUUUCUUCAACCUGUGAUCUCAUAUCUCAUCGAAUCUGGUUAAAGUUUAUUCUGGUCUACCUCGACAGAAAAAGAAAGAGAACAAGAAGAAGAAGUGAAAUGGGAGGAGGAGCGAGGGAGGCUGAUAUUUUCAGCACUUCAGGCCUCAACCAUCUUAGACGUAUUGAUUGGUUAGACUUCUAUGUUCGAACCGCAAUGAUAGCAAGUUUGGUGCAGGGAGUCUACUCAUUGCAACGGGAUAAGCAACAGAAACGAAAAUUCAUAGCCAACCCUUAUUGGGAAUCCUUCGGUUUCUCUUUAGCCGAAACCUUGAUCAACAAAGAUGAUGGCUCCAUAUUUGGUGCCGUUUACGAGUAUAACGACUACCAUAAUAAACCUCAUUGUGGAAUGCCGCGUUGCGUGAUUGCAUUUCGCGGCACGAUGCUAGAAUUAGUAACCUGCUUGUCUGAUAUGAAAGAAAACAUUCGAUGCAUUUUAGACAACUUUAAUAACGGCAGUAGGAUUAAACAAGCCAUAAAAGCAAUCGAUGCAGUGCUGGAGAAGCACAGUACCGACAAAACAUCUGUCUGGCUAGCUGGACACUCUCUAGGAGCGGCCACAGCGCUAUUGGCUGGGAAGACCAUUGCCAAACGUGGAGACAUCCUCAAGACUUACGCAUUCAACCCGCCCAGUUCGUCUGUUCUUCUAGAGAAUAUAUUUGAUAGCGUUGUGGUUAAAGGCAUGCUUCGAUUGGCCGAGACUCUCAUCAAAGUGACCAUAGUCAAAUUCUCGGACAUCGAGAUUCAAGAAGACGAUCCAAGCACAACAGCGUGGACACCUUACAUAUAUGUGAACCCAUCAGAUCCAUUCUGUGCUGAAUACAUCGGUAUUUUGUCCCACAAAUGCUUCAUGGCUGCUAUUAAAUUAGGCAAACUAGAGAGUAUCGCUGCUAAAUUCUCUUUUAUGAGUCGUAUAUUAUUCGGAGAAGAAGGAGGAGAACCUAUUCAACUUUUUUCGUCAGUCGAAAUGACAAUAAACAUGAACAAAUCUGAUCUUGAGACAGAUGAUCAUGGGGAUAAGCAGUCCUGGUCUAAGUUCAAGAAGGCACAUGGAAUUGAGCAAUGGUGGGAGCCAAAUCCAGCCCUUCGCAAAUGGAAAAGCCACAGCUUUAGGCCCUCUUAUUAACUAUGUCUGGGCGUGGAGCCAACAUUCUAUUAGUAUGCUUUGGUUAAACGCCUUUUCCAUCUAUUCAGGUUUCUAUUAGUAUGCUUUGGUUCUAUCUUCCCUUAUUCGGAUUUGUCAACUUUUCUUUGUGGUGUUCGUGUUUUCUAUAAUGUUGGAAACGUUUGUUGUAAAAGCUCUUGGAUUAUUUUAUUUUUGUCGCCAACCUCUUUGAAAUAAUGCUACUAAAAUGAGAAAUGUGUAAAUUGUUU